CCGUCUGCUUCUCUCUCUCUCUUUCUCUCUCUCUCUCUCUUCAAGGGUUUUGUCAAAUUUCGUUACAGAAUUUUCAUCAAUGGCGGCGACUCCGCCGGAAAACGAAUCGUCGGAAUCCAAAGCCCUGUCCACAGUCUACUCCGAUUACCUUUGGAAGAGAUUAUCCAGUUUCUUUCCGUUUUCUGGUUCGAACUUUCUCGGCAAACUGUCGAAUCUCUACCGCCAAUUAACUCGCGCCAGAUCACGCCGGCGAGGGCCGUGUCUCCCUCUCCCAUUGCCUUCCACUUCACUCGACUCUAUUGUGGAAACUUCUGAGGCAUCGAGAGUGUUUGAUGUUUUACAAGAUAUUUUGGAGCAUAUCUGUUUAGAUUUGCAUAACAUCCAGAAGAACUUACAUUUUUGGCAAUCUAGAGCAGAGGCAUCAAAUGCUCAAAAGGUUUACUUUUUGCUUUUUGAGAGAGGGCCAAGGGCAUUUAUUCAUGGAACUAUUCGACUGGUACGAGAAUGUGUUGUUGAGGGUUCUGGCAUGAAAAAUCUCAGUCGCUCUGCAUCUGCUCAUAUAUCGGAGAGGAUAACCGUCUUAACUACCUUAAGAUAUCAUCUGGCUACUUUUUUGGCACAGGUAUAUGUAGAGGUUGACAGAUUCAGUGAGGAUUUAGUUAGGGAUCCUCAGAAAUCAUUGCCAGAACUGUUGGUAACUAUUAAUGGUUUAUUCUCAAAAUUGGAGGCUUCUAUUAGCCACUUUCAUGCCGUGCAUCAGUGUGAUUCUUCUGUUGAUGGGAGCUAUUCAUUCCCUCUUAUGUUUGAGAAACUGCCAGAAGUGAACCAGGAAGGCUCUCAAUGGACAGAUUGUGAGAGUAGAGAUGCUAUCAACUUGAUUUAUGAAAAUCUCCAUAAACUGGACUCUUACUUAGCUGACCUUGUUGCCAAACACCAGAAACCAAGAAAAGUAACUCUGUACUGGACGCGUUAUACAAUUGGGUUUGUUGGUGUCUCUGUCUGUUCAUUUUGGCUCCUGAAGCAUAGUAGAUUGAUGGGAAGUUCUGACAUUGACAACUGGAUUCAUGAGGCUAAGGAAUCGACUAUUAGCUUUUGGAAGGACCAUGUGGAGCAACCGCUUCUGGCUAUUAGAGAUGAACUUUUUGAGACAUUCAGAAAGAGGCACAAAGGUGUAAUGGAGCAAGAAGAAGUCCAGUUAACUGCCAACUCGUUACACAGAAUGUUGCAGGCUUUCAGCGAACAGACGACAGGUCAAAAAUAUCCAGAGAAUGCAUCAGAACAGAAAAUGCUUGAAGUAGUAAUGUCGAGGUAUGAGAAGGAAGUCAUGAAUCCAAUAAAGAAUCUGGUUGGGGGAGAGCUUGCUCGUGCUUUACUUAUCCAGAUUCAGAAGCUAAAGUUGGAUAUUGAGACGGCAAUGCUCGAGCUAGACCAGAUUCUUAGGGCCAAUGAAAUCAAUUUUGCUAUUCUAGCUGCUUUACCAGCUUUUUUCCUCUCCUUUCUGUUGCUCAUGUUAAUGCGGGCAUGGCUAAAGAAGGAUACUAGAGCGGAAGGUAGGGGAAGGAUUGCUCGACUCCAAAGAAGGCUACUAAUUGUGGAGGUUGAGAAGAGAAUUAUGCAGUUCCAGAUUUGUAUAGAUCAAGGACUGGAAAAUGAUGCUGAAUACAUGUACGGAUUGGGUUUGUAUAGUCUGGAUCGCCUAUAUCGUGCUGUGGAGAGGCAUGCCAAAGCAACUGGUGAAUGGCAAUGUUUGAGACAGGAUAUUAUCGAUUUGGCAAAGCCCCGUCUUCGAACUGAGUACAAGUUCACGAUCACAUCCCGAAUGGUACAGGUGUAUGAUUGCUUGCUUCCUUCAUCCACGCGCCGGUAGUUAACCUUCUCCAUUCUUCUCUUUUUUUUCUUUUUCUGAAUUUUUGGCAAGUUGGAGCACCUUUCUACUUCAGUGAUGGGUGAACGAGGAAAUUUUGUGCAUGUAAUUUUUGACCUAUUUAUGCUUCAGGCAACAGCAACAAUAGGUUUUGGACUAGAUAGGCUCUCUUUCUAGCAUUUGGGAGGAACUCCUCUGUUGUUGUUCUGUUUAUUCAAGCUAAGCUUAAUUCAUAUCA